AUGAGUGCGCCGAACAAGUCAUCAGAGAAAAGGAAUGGCUCCAAAAAUAAGCUGGAUAAACUAUUAAAGGAGAGAAAAGGCACCUUUCCACUUCUGAUCAAGACAUCACGACCGGAGGCCUUCCCUCACCCUCACAGACUCCCAGCGGAAGGAAGCCGGCUUGGAACAAACCGACCCUGCUCACAGAAGUUUGGCCCUGGUGUAGGGACUUUGCCUCAGCUUGAGCCACCGGUGGUUCAGGUGGUGGUCAGCAAUGCCAAAAACCAGCACCAGCAGUCGGACAACAUCCUGCCCCAAAUUGCCAACAAAGGGGGACAAAACAACUUUCAGACUCACUCGGAUGAGUGGCCGAAGCCCAGCCAGCAGUUCACCAUGCGGUUUGGUGCAGCAAUUGAUAAAGUGUCAGUCACUCGCAACAGCAAGACGUUCAGCAACAAGCUGGAGAAAGAGAAGACAUGUGAGGGACAGAGAUUACCCAUGUCACCCAUAGAGGCACUGACGAACUUCCAGGAGCGGCUGACAGAAUUUGAACAGGAGGAAAUCAUGGACUACACAGAGAUCUGGUUCCUGGGUCUGGGCUCUCAGAAGAUUGUGGGUUCCCAAGGAGCACCGCAGAACUCUGGAUAUGAUGAUGAGCAUGGCAGCUACAUCAGGGUGCUGCAUGACCACAUUGCCUACAGGUUUGAAGUGCUUGAAGUGAUUGGGAAAGGCUCCUUUGGGCAGGUCCUAAAAUGUCUGGACCACAAAAACAAUGAACUCGUAGCAAUUAAGAUGAUACGUAAUAAGAAAAGGUUUCAUCACCAAGCCCUAGUAGAGCUGAAGAUCCUGGAUGUAAUAAAGCGGAAAGACAAAGACAACCUCCACAACGUCAUCCACAUGAAAGAGUACUUUUAUUUCCGAAAUCACCUUUGCAUCUCCUUUGAGCUCCUCGGGGUGAACUUGUAUGAGCUCAUCAAAAAAAACAACUUCCAGGGCUUCAGUCUUGCUCUCAUCCGUCGGUUUGCCCAUGCUCUUCUCAGGUGCCUGCAGAUGCUGCACAGAGAGAAGAUAAUCCACUGUGACCUCAAACCGGAGAACAUCCUUCUGUCUCAGAGAGGGCCAGGGAACAUCAAGGUGGUGGACUUUGGGUCAAGCUGUUAUGAACAACAAAGGGUAUACACCUAUAUCCAGAGCCGUUUCUACCGCUCCCCGGAGGUGAUCCUGGGUCACCCCUACAGUAUGGCCAUUGACAUGUGGAGUCUGGGCUGCAUCUUAGCUGAGCUCUACACAGGCUAUCCUCUCUUCCCAGGAGAGAGUGAAGUGGAGCAGAUAGCUUGCAUAAUGGAGGUUCUGGGAAUGCCUCCAAAUGAUUUUGUUCAGUCAGCAUCAAGGAGGAGGUUGUUCUUUGAUUCCAAAGGAAACCCAAGGAACAUCACUAACAGCAAGGGGAAGAAGCGGAGACCCAACUCCAAGGAGCUGUCAACUGUUUUGAAAACUAAUGAUGCUUUAUUCUUAGACUUCAUCAAACGCUGCCUCACUUGGGAUCCAACCAAGCGUAUGACUCCUGAUGAGGGGUUACAGCAUGAUUGGAUCCUGGAGGGAAAUUUCAACAAAGUCCGUCCAAGAACCAGACCUACAGUGAAGAAGGUCUCAGACAGUUCGACCAACACAGACAGACAAACUACUAGCAAGCCUGCAGAGAAGGUCAGCUCAGAAAGCAACACUAACGACAAGCUGAAGAGGGAGAGCUCCGAAACUGGAACAAAGAUGGCCCCUGCCGAGCGCUUGCGGCCCAUUGGGGCUUCAGCAGAGGAGGAGGUGUGUGAGAGCGAUACCAAACAGCAAGGAGGUGGAGAAAGGCCUGUUCACAUCAUCAUCAGGCCUCAAGAGGAAGUGGGCGCAGAGAGGAAAGACAGUCAGGAAUCGUCUCAGUGUUUGCCCCCUGUCAUCUAA